CAUCCAUGCUCACACACAGCCUCGGUGGUUUUAAGAUGUAAACUCUCUUCACCUAUUUCCAAAGCUCAAUGUGGGGUGAUGCUGAAGUCAAAAUUAGAGUCACCAGAGUGCAAUCUUGGUAUGAAGACUCCCUUGAGCCCCACCCAGCUGAUUGAAAAUGGACAGCUGCUUUUCAUGUUCCCUGACAUGCAGCUACAGCAGGAGAAGAAGAAGGUGCUGUACUCCCUCUGUGAAGUCUGCAACAUCCAGCUACACUCGGCUGCGCAGUCACAGGUCCACUACAACGGCAAGUCACACCUCAAAAGGGUCAAACAGUUGAAUAACGGAGAGCCGCCUGCAGCGAGUGUCAGCACGGCCCCUGCUUCUCUCAGCAGUGCCAGUCAAGGAAGUUCCUGUCAUAGCAACACACUCCCUGCGUUAGUCCGGACUUCGUCUCUAAUGAUGCAGUCCACUCUGGACAUGAAGCCUUUCAUGACCUUCCCUAUGGAGAACUCCUCUCCAGUUGGCCUUUUCCCCAAUUUCAAUACGAUGGACCCUGUCCAGAAAGCCGUAAUCAACCACACAUUUGGAGUCUCCAUUCCACCCAAGAAGAAGCAAGUUAUUUCCUGCAACAUCUGUCAGCUCCGCUUUAAUUCAGAUAGCCAAGCCGAGGCGCACUACAAAGGCAGUAAACAUGCCAAGAAGCUCAAAGCACAGGACUCCACGAAAAAAAAGCAGAAAAGUGCUGCCGCCCAGGACAGCUGCACAAAGACAAUCACCAACACCACCACAACUUCUACCAUCUCCUGCACUGCAGUCACUGCCAGCAGCCCUGAGCAACCAGAGAAAAAUGGAGAGCCAUUGGCAGCACACAAAGUCCCUGCAUCCCCACAAGCCUUUGUGCCAGCUCCCACUGCGCCCGUUGUGGUAUUAGUGCCUAGCCCUUGCAAGACAGCACCCACGCAUGCCAGCCUACCCACUGAGCCGGCAGGGCACGCACCAGCCCUGAAAAACACCUCCAAACCAGCAUCAGUGCCAACGACCCUGUCAGAGCCCAACGUGGAGUCUGAGGAAGAGAAAGCAAAGAAGCUCUUGUACUGCUCGCUGUGCAAAGUGGCUGUCAACUCUCUCUCACAGCUAGAGGCGCACAACACAGGUUCAAAGCACAAAACUAUGCUGGAAGCACGAAAUGGAGCUGGCCCCAUUAAGGCCUACCCCAGACCAGGGUCCAAACUCAAAGUGCAGGCCACACAAAUUAACAAAGGUUCAGGCUUACAAAACAAGACGUUUCAUUGUGAAAUCUGUGACGUCCAUGUCAACUCAGAAAUCCAACUUAAACAGCAUAUCUCCAGCAGGCGGCAUAAGGACAGAGUGGCUGGCAAACCCACAAAACCCAAAUACAGCCCGUACAACAAGCAGCAACGGAGCUCCAACUCUCUGGCAGCAAAACUCGCCCUGCAGAACGACCUGGUGAAGCCCAUUUCACCGGCAUUCCUUCCCACACCCUUCUCACCCACCACAGUCCCCUCCAUCUCCCUCCACCCUCGUCCCAGCACCUCCAUCUUUCAGACGGCCACACUUCCACCCUCCUUUCUGCGUGCUGCUCCGGGACCGAUUCGGCACACCGCAGGCUCCAUCCUAUUUGCGCCUUACUGAGCCCUCACGCCACAUGGACGUGACCGACCAUGUUGGAACAGAUGUUUCUCAAGCUACGCCAUGCUACACGCUGUUCGCCGAACUGCAGAUCUUAAAACAAUUGUGUAUUUAUUGAAACUUUAUCCUCAACUGUCCUCACGAUCAGAAACCCAGGAAGGAUGUCGUCUUAGUGAGGGCUUUUUACAUUUGAAAAUUAAAAGAAAAUAAGACAAAAAAAAAUAAGAAAAAAAGUGUUGAACUGCUUCCUGAAAGACUUGAAUUAUCAUAGUCUUCCUUUUCAACUGAACCAACAAAUCUGGACAAGCACAUGCCAUUAGGCAUAGGUUCUCAACCUAGGAGUCGCAACCCUGCAUGGGAUCAUGCAAGUUUUCUAUGAUCCUAUUUUUGCUAUAUUAAGACAUUUAUUAACAUAUUAAAGGAACUGUUAGUGAUUUUUUUCAUGAAAUGACACACAACAAAACAUCCUUAUUACCUGUCAGAUUUCACUGAAAUAGGUGCCCUGAAAUACCACACCUGUCUCUGUAAACAGCUGGGAAAAAUGUCCACGGCCAGAUUCUUUAUUUAGCCAAUCAUAUAACUUUGAAGCAUCUUCUGCCUGUCAACAAUUUCUGCAUGUUCACAGGACAGCCCAUAUAUGGGCAGCAGGAAGCUGAUAGCUUGUCUUUGGUGGUGGGGUUUUGGAAAGGGGGGUGUGUCUAAUUUAAUGGCUUAGUCUUGUGGAAGUUCCAGAACAGCUAAAAUCGCUUACAACACUAUUGAGUAAAUAUGAAUACAUUAAUAAUUAAUUUAGAAUGUUUUUAUUAUAGUUUAUUAUAAAACAUUAUAAUUUAUUAUAUUAAUACAAAAUACUAAUAUUUUAAUUAAUUCGAUUUUUUAUUAUAUUUUUACUCAUUAAAUAAAAAUAAUAAUAUUUUUAAUAAAGAUUAUUAUUAUUUAAUAUUAGUAUUAUUAGUAUUGUUUUGAUAGCCUAGGCUAGACCUAUAAAUAAAAUAUGCAGCUUCUCUUGUACUUAUUAUUAUUAUUAUGUGAAAUGUGAGCUACACCUUGAUGCAAAGGUGAAUCCAACAUAUUUACUCCUGUGUUUGUGCAAGUUUUCCACAAAAGCAAAUACAAAGAAGUAUCACAGGGCUCCCUAAAGCUGCUUAUACUAUUCGUAACUUACCUUAUUUUUUCUUUCUUUUUUUGCAUCAAGACCAAAAGUACCGAUCCAAGUAGGAUUUUUAAUUUUUUUUCAUCCAAGUUGGAUAUAACAGCAGAGAGUGGAAGCUUCAGCAUGACGCACAAGCCCAGCCAUCUCAUUAGACAGGGUGAGUGCCAUGAAGGGUUGCCCGAAUCAUUUGAUGUAGUUAUUGUUGCAAGAUCAAUAACAAUACGAUUGACUAAAUAAUUAAAUAAUAAAAAGAGUUUUGGAAAAUUAAAAUUGGGUUGCGACCCAAAAAAGUUUGAGAACCCCUGCCAUAAGGCCUUGUCAAAAACAAUCCCAAAUCUUACCAUAGGACAAUAUGUGUACAAUCAAUGGCUUGAUGUUGUCAGGGAGUCUAUGAUGCAGUUUUGGCCGAUGUGCUGUCUUGUAUUGUGUAGUCAAUAAGCUCAUCCAUCAGUACUUGAGUGCUGUUUUCCUCCUUUUAUCUGCCAGGAAUCAGCAUUUUUCUUUUCAUCGUGUGUUUUGGUUCCUCUCUUUGUCAUACGAGUAGAUUUAGUCUGUUUUUAUCAUGAAACACUCUUUUCUGCAAUAGGAAAACUGUGGGCCUUUCAUCUGUCUGUGAUAUCCUUAUUUGUCACAAGACUGUACUAAUGUGCAGCUCUCUGAUAAUGCAAUAAUGUAUAGAUCUUUCAAUAUUGAUAUUCUUCAUAGUGUAUUUAAUGUUUACCUUCCAGGUUGCAAUACUAGUUGUAUUUUAUGAGCUGGAAGGGGUACGAAGAGAUGGGUAUGUUAUUUGGUAUAUUAUUUUUAGAGAGAGAGACAUUUCCAUUCACUGAAAGUUCUUUAUUUGGCUGUGGAAUUUCUUAGUCCAUAGUAUAUAUAUAUAUAUGUUUGUAUGUUUGAGAGUCUGUACAUAAAGAUGCUACAUUUUCAAUAAAAUAAUAUAUUUAAUUGAUUUCUUCCAAAAUUAUGUUGUAUAUUUAUUUUUGUUUUCAUCCUUAAUUAAA